ACUUUCGGCCAAUCAAAGAGAUGCAAACUGCCGGUGGUUAAAAAUCGCUGUCCUCAGRAAGAUGAGUGCUAGGAGAAGAGGUGGAAAACCAAACAGAGGAGGGGGCAGAUUUAACAAACCAAAAGGAGGAGGAGGAGGAGGUGGUGGUGGUGGUGGAAGUCGGAAAGGAGGAGCAGGCUGCUUUGAUUACGAUGAUGAUGAGUUCACCCUUGAUUUUGGACCUUCSCGUUCCAGCAGAGCCAGUAAGGGACGAGGGAAAGAUCAUGGACGAGACAGAGGACGUAAUGAUCGAGACGGAAGGCGUUUCGAAACUGGCAGGAAGCCUCUCCCAGUGUCCCUGGCGAGCACCAGGGUCCACACGAAGUCGAAUGAUGUCAUCAGGUCAGAGACUAGCGUCAUGCCCUUGCAGAGGAUCUUCAUGACCCAUGAGAACCAGGAACAGCUCAAGGAGCUACUACGGGAACUACAGACGCAGGAUUUCGAUGAGCCAUACGAGGAAUCUGGCUCGGAUUAUUCAGUGGAAGAGGAGGAUUUUGAUGAACUGGAUCACCGUGAGGAAGGCCAGUUUUGGGCUACCAACGACGAGCCUGUGGAGAGAGCAGAGAGCCCCACCUACUCGAAGGAUUCUGAUGAAGAGCGCCCCACUCCUGAACCUGUUAUUUCUUUAUUUGCCGUUGGAAAACUCUGCAGGUAUGGAUUUGACAGAGAGCGCAGCAAACAGGCGCUGGAGCUUGGAGGAGGAGAGUUCGGUGCGACCUUGGAGCAGCUUCUCCUCCAGGUUUACAGCGAACGUUUCGGACAGAAAACCGUCUCCCCCGUUGACCUCCAGGGCGUCCCGAUGGACGAGUGUUUAAACCUGAGGCAGGAGGAAGCCGUGGCCCUCGAUGCUAUUUACGGCGACCGCUUUAAGGAGCGUAUCCCCAACUCGGUGUGGGCCGUGUCCCUGGAUCUCCCGUUCCUGUCCGAAAAGGCUCCCAAGAGCAUCGGAGAGGCCAGAAACGGAGGGGGAGCCGCGCACGUUCGGGGAGUCUGCAGAUUUUAUUUAAAAGAUCAGGGGUGCCGCUUCGGAGACAAAUGCAAGUUCAGACACGAACUCCCAGGAAAAGGGAGGUCGGGGGCUGGUCCCGCAGACCCGAAGGGCCCGAGCCAACCGRGCUUCAGCAGCUAUUCCCCUCCUGAGUAUGAGCUGGAGGUUCGCUUCCYCAGAGGAAACCGUUACCCCCACCAGGCGCCGAUCGUCGCCUUCAGCACCAACGACGAGUGUGUCGGGGCCGCGGGGAGACUCUGCGUCACGGAGAAGUUAUUCGAGGAGGCUCUGGCUGCAGCCAGGUGCUGCGAGCCCGUCGUUUACACUCUCAUAACCUUAUGUGAGGACGAGCUCCGUAUGAAGGAGCUGCUGGCUGUCAGCCACCACAAAUACAGCUCACCGCCACCUGUAGUGGGACCUCCGCAGCCUCGGCCCGCCGCGGCGAAGAGCAGGAGCGUGGACAGCAGGAGUAAUUCCACGAACAGCAGGAGGACCGCUCCGCUCUCCAACCACACACCCACAGAGCUGGAAGAGACGGAGAAGCUGGACGAGCGGGACGAGGACKUGGAGGUCCGAGCUGUCCCGGUUGAGAGCGAAAGCUACGUCAACCUGAAGAAGAGCAUGGCGGACAAACACAGUCAGAAACUGGACAGCGUUUUACAGGAGAACAAAAAGCUUUGCAGAGAAUUCCAGAAAAAACAAUCAUCCAGACGCUUCAGGUCCAUGCUGGAGCAGAGGAAGAACCUCCCGGCUUGGCAGGAAAAAGAGCAUAUUCUGGAUGUGUUGGAGCAUUGCCAGGUGCUGGUGAUCAGCGGGAUGACUGGGUGCGGUAAGACGACUCAGAUUCCUCAAUUCAUUCUGGACGCCUCGCUGAGCGGCGCGGCGGAGCAGGUGGCCAACAUCCUCUGCACCCAGCCUCGCCGCAUUUCUGCCAUUUCUGUGGCUCAGAGAGUCGCGCAGGAGCGAGCCGAGAGCCUGGGGAACUCUGUGGGCUACCAGAUCCGCCUGGAGAGCGUCAGGUCGUCGGCCACCAGACUGCUGUACUGCACCACCGGAGUGCUGCUGAGGAGGCUGGAGGGCGAGCCGGACCUCAGAGGCGUCACACACGUCAUCGUGGACGAGGUGCACGAGCGAACAGAGGAGAGUGACUUCCUGCUGUUGGUGCUGAAGGACUUGAUCGCACAAAGAUCAGACCUGAAGGUUAUUCUGAUGAGCGCCACUCUUAAUGCCAACCUCUUCUCUGAGUUUUUCUAUAACUGUCCGUCUGUCCACAUACCAGGUCGUACCUUCCCUGUUGACCAGUUUUUUCUUGAGGAUGCAAUCGCUAAAACUGGUUAUGUCAUUGAGGAUGGCAGCCCUUACAUGCGCUCAGGGAAACAAAACUCAACUUUCACCAGCGGGCGAGGAAGCAAAGCAGACCCGAGGAAUGUGGUGGAUGACUUGGGCGAUGACGUUUGGAACUUCAUGUCGUUCUGCAAGAAGGACGUCGUUAAAGACUCGAUCCCAGACCAGCAGCUCAGUCUGCAGGACCUCACAGUCCGAUACAAAGAUACCAAGAAGUCUGUCCUUAAAACCAUGGCUGCGAUGGACCUGGACAAGAUCAACAUGGACCUGGUGGAGAGCCUGUUGGAGUGGAUCGUAGACGGGAAGCACAACUACCCACCUGGCGCCGUGUUGGUGUUCAUGCCCGGCCUCGCCGAGAUCAAGAUGCUUUACGAGCAGCUGCAGUCCAACAGGUUGUUCAACAACAGAGGAUCCUCCAGGUGCGUGGUGUACCCGCUCCAUUCCACCCUGUCCAACGAGGAGCAGCAGGCAGUUUUCAGCCGUCCUCCAGAGGGCGUCACCAAGAUCAUCAUCUCCACCAACAUCGCGGAGACCUCAGUAACCAUCGACGACGUGGUGUACGUCAUCGACUCGGGCAAGAUGAAGGAAAAGAGGUACGAUGCGUCCAAAAGCAUGGAGAGCCUGGAGGACUCGUGGGUGUCUCGGGCCAACGCACUGCAGAGGAAGGGGCGAGCMGGUCGCGUGGCCUCGGGGCUCUGCUUCCAYCUCUUCACCAGCCACUGCUUCCACCACCAGCUGUGUGAGCAGCAGCUGCCUGAGAUCCAGAGGGUUCCUCUGGAGCAGCUCUGCCUCCGAAUAAAAAUCCUGGACGUUUUCGCCGAGCAGCCGCUGGCCACGGUCUUCUCUCGGCUCAUCGAGCCGCCGGCGGAGGGCAGCCUGGACGCGGCCCAGCAGCGCCUGCAGGACCUGGGGGCCCUGACGGCGGAGGAGAAGCUGACCCCGCUGGGCUACCACCUGGCCUGCCUGCCCGUCGACGUGCGCAUCGGCAAGCUCAUGCUGUUCGGCGCCAUCUUCCGCUGCCUCGACCCGGCGCUCACCAUCGCCGCCAGCCUCGCCUUUAAAUCACCAUUUGUGUCUCCAUGGGACAAGCGAGAAGAAGCCAAUGAGAAGAAACUGGACUUCGCCGUGGCCAGCAGUGACCAUCUGGCUUUGCUGCAGGCGUACAAGGGUUGGUGCUGCGCCUCAAAGACCAGCCACCAGGCCGGCUUCAGGUUCUGCAGGGAGAACUUCCUGUCGUGGCGCAGUUUACAGGAGAUCGCCAGCCUGAAGCGACAGUUCGCUGAGCUGCUGUCGGACAUCGGCUUCAUCAAAGAAGGACUCAGAGCCAGGAUCAUCGAACGCAUGUCCUCAAAGGGCGCAGACGGGGUUCUGGAGGCUACUGGACCAGAGGCCAACCUCAACUCAGAAAACAUCCGGCUGAUGUCGGCCAUGCUGUGCGCGGCGCUCUAUCCGAACGUGGUUCAGGUCCGAGCCCCUCAGGGGAACUAUAAGAUGACCAGCAAAGGAGCCAUGAAGAUGCAGCCGAAAGCUAACGAGCUGCGCUUCGUGACCAAAAGCGACGGCUGCGUUCACAUCCACCCCUCGUCUGUCAACUACACAGUUCGCCACUACGACAGCCCCUACCUGGUUUACCACGAGAAGGUGAAAACGAGUCGCGUUUUCAUCCGGGACUGCAGCAUGGUGUCCGUCUACCCUCUGGUGCUGCUAGGAGGUGGUCAGGUCAACGUGGAGUUGGAGAGAGGACAGUUCAUCAUCUCGCUGGACGAUGGAUGGAUCCGGUUUGCCGCAGCUUCACAUCAGGUGGCUGAGCUGGUGAAGGAGCUGCGCUGGGAGCUGGACCAGCUGCUGGAGGAUAAAAUCAGGAACCCGAGCAUGGACCUGUGCAGCUGCCCCCGCGGCUCCCGCAUCAUCCGCAUGAUCGUCCACCUCAUCACCACGCAGUAGCUCCGCUGCUGAAUGUCCCCAUUUUCUGUUUUCCCUUCAAGGGCUUCAAACGCACCGAGCUGUGCCGUGUGGAUAAACUCGUGCACAAAGCGACUGUUCUGAUGUAAUGUUCCUCCAUUUUCUGCACAAGUUGCAGCGAUUUCUGUCGAUUUCACCUUGUUGCCACACGACACUUUAGCACAACCUCACAAGAUUCUGCGUUCCAGUUAGAACUUGUUUUUAAUACACCGGAGCGACAAAAAUAUGAAGUUUUGAUGCCAAACGAAUGCUGUGUGUGCAGCAAACUGAUAUACGGUUGAUGUCAAAUACAAGUUCCUAAACGCUGGGUUGUUUCACCCACAGAGCUGAAUUUUGGGUCCAUAUUGGAUUGCAUGUUGAUGGACAUGUUUGUGACGCAUGAGUGCAUGCCGUUCUGCUGUUUUUACAUUUGAUGAAUGUAUUUUAAUGUCGAUAAAAAGAUGUCACAACUACUUUCACUAAAGGGCUUUUGAAAUUAGAACUUGGUGGAAGUCGCUGAAGAAAGCUGCUGUCUUGUCAUGGAUUUCUCUCCUUUGCACUUCCAACUCAGAUUAAAUUAACGACAGGUGUUUUCUGGA